AUGAUCGGGGGGAACGAAGAGGAGGCGAAGCGCAACGCGAAGGUCAACGAGGCGAAGAAUACGCGUCGCGAGGCGAUCGAAAACGUCAACGAAAACGUCAAGAUGGCCGUCGUCGAGCGAUCGACGACGGGGAGGAAUCCGUGCCCGCCGAAGCCGCCGACGGCGUUCGGGGACGCGCUCGCGGCGGCGUACAGCGUCGAGGGGUACACGAGCGCGAAGAUGGACGCGGCGAAGAAGAAGCUCGCGGAGGCGCCGGCGGCGAAAGGGGUGCUCAAGAGCUCUUCGGGGCUCAAGGGCGGGUGGCUCGGGAAGAGCGCGACGAGUAAAAAAGAAGCCGACGCCGGCAAGGGCGUCAAGUUCGACCGAUCCAUCGUGACCGGGCCGACCGGGAGCGAUUUCGCGGAUGUCUCCGAGGAGGAGCGAGCCGCGAUCGCGGCGGACACGGAGGCGACCGCGGCGGAGGCGCGUCGACGCGAAGCCGCGAAGGAGGACGCCGCGAAGGACGCCGCGAAAUCGAAAAUCGGCAAAACCGCGGAGGAGACGGAGCCCAAGUUUUUUUUCGACAUCUACGGCGAAGGCGGCGCGGAGUCGCGGGAGAAGAAGAGCGACACGAUCAUGGGGAUGUACUCGGAGGGGCAGAUUUCGAGGGUGACGGAGAUGACCGGCGAUGAUGUCGGAGAAAUAGUGUCGGACGACGACGAAGCCGCCGCGUCCGAUGCGAUGACGGAUGCGUUCGAUGCCGCGAACGCCGCCGCCGCCGCCGCCGCGGCGUUUGAAAAGUCCGGCGACGAAGCCGCCGCGGAGAAAGCGCUCGCGAAAGCGCGCCAGGCGCUGCGCGCGGCGAUCACCGUCGCCGCCGGCGACGACGACGACGACGGCGCGACGACGGACGGCGAGAGCAGCGCGGACGGAGGCGGGACCCCGGCGCCGCCGGUGUCCGAGUUUGGCCAGACGUGGAUGAUGCUCGACGGCUGGGUCACCAGGGCGACGUUCCACUACCUCAGCGGCGGACGAGACGGCGCGAUGAUACGAACGGCUGGAACGACUGGAGGGGAAGAUGGAACGUCAACGACCGACGCGGACGGCGACGAGGAUCCCGUGCUGGGCCCGGACCUGCCGCCGCGGAGCCCGUUCGAGGCGGCGGCGUCCAAGGCGGCGGGCGCGGAACUCUCCCGCGCGUUACCCGUCGCGUGCCGCAUGCUGAAACUCCGCUCGUCCUCCACGGCGCUGGAGCGCCCGCUCGGACGGCUGCUGCGGACGUUCUUCUUCCAGGGCGCGGUCCCGGCGCUGAAACCCGCGCGGUGGACGCUCGUGUGCGCGGUGUUGUUGGAGGCGAUCGGCACGCGGAGGCUGGCGGAGGGGGAACGCGACGACCGGCCGCCGUCGCUCGCGGAGGAUUUCGCGCGCGAGACGGUCGCGAGCCGCCGCGGUUUGGACGCGAUAUUGGAGCAGGCGGGGUCGUGCGAGGACGAGAGGAAGGUUAUGCUGCAGCUCGUGACGGGCGCGUGCGCGAAGGGAUGGUGAUGAGAGCGAUGAGGUCGAGUGAGUCGCCGGAGUCGGAUCUCGCGUGAUGGCCUUAUUACGAGUAAAAGAUUCUAGAAUCGUCGUC